GCCUCUAACCCUGGUUUGCGUGGCAGCUGGUGCCCCAGACUGUCGAACUUGAUCAGUGGAACCUGCCCUGCCAAACACCAAUGGGAGUCAUCCAUGACUUCCUACUAGGAGCCGUGCGUAGUCACAUCAACAAGUUCCUAGUGCAACCUUAAUCUCAUUCUCUACCGCCUACAGCCCCGGUUGCCCGGACCUCUAAGCAAAUCAUCCUCAGAUUUACGAUACUUACGAUCACGAAACGCACCUAAGAUUAAUCUACCAGACAUCUCCCAUAACGCCGAACAUUCUUAAUUGUCUUUCGUUGCCGCGUGCUAUAGAGAUCGCUUGGCAAUUUCUUUUUUUGGUUGGGGGACGUACCCUGCAUUCGUUUGGUGGCCUUAUCUGCGACUCACGUUUUGAUACAUCGCGACCACCAUCACAACCAGUAUUCGGCCAAGUCUGGCGCAGCGUGCGCUGCCUUACUAAGUUUCUGCUCCAUCGCCUGUGACCGGCCCGCCUAGGUGUUGCCUGCCCCUGCACCUCAUUAACCUAACCCACGUCGAAUAAGGCGAAUUGCUCGAACUUGCAAAGAUCCCAUACCCAACAAUCAACGAAACAUCUAUCACUAAUCAUAAAGCACGAGCCGACUCUACUUAUAAUAACCUGAUGGAUCCCUUCUCUCCUGCCCAAGAACCCGACGAGGGUUAUUCCGAACACCCCCUGAACCCUUCCGACCCGGCCAGCCUUGUCAACAACGGAUCACUGGCAGCAAAGAGCUCAGCCGCCGAUAUACCGGCAUGGUUGUCGGCUCAAUUACCCACACUGUCGGUGCACCAGAAGUCUCGUCUGGCUAUGCUUAUCCUGAACGAACUACCAACUACUGUCAUUGCAGAUAUCGUCAUGAACGAGCUAAACCCCCGCCUCUACAUCAACUUCGUCGAACGCCUACCUCCCGAGAUAUGCCUCAAGAUCUUAGGCUACCUGGACCCCGUGUCCUUAAUCCACGUCGCCAUGUGCUGCCGGGGGUGGUAUGAAUUGGCUAUAGAUCGCAAGCUAUGGGAACGAUUAUUCUAUCUAGAGGGAUGGAAGGCAAUACCGUCCGAGAUCAUUGCCGCCGAGCAACGCAUGAACGAGAGCCUCUCCUCCCAGAUCUCCUCCCAGAGAGUUCAAACUUUCGAAGAUGGCCAUGUCAACAAAAAGCGAGCAAUCUCCGAGACGACGCCUCAAGACGACGAGGAUUACGAGAUGGUAGAUGCUGAUGCGUCUGUAGGACAAGAACCAGCAACAAAUGUGUUCAAUGGCGCGUUCUCUGCUCGUCGGCCGGGAGAGAGCGGUUCAUCUUUCCAAAGCAAUAAUAGCGUUACCCAACAUAUGGGCAAUCUGAUGAUGAAAUCGCCUAGCCCUAUGCCGGAUUUCGGAGGACAAUCUGCUUCACAGGUCUCUAAAGGUAAAGGAAAGGCCACUGCUGAAUCCUUAGAACUUUCACGCUCGCUUCUUGAUGCGCCUACCGGUCUGUCUAGCUUACCUAAGUCAACACUUUGGAUUUAUGAUACGAGGGACCGUCGGUACAAGAUAAACUGGAAAUACCUGUAUACGAUGAGACGGAGAUUAGAACGCAAUUGGGACCGUGGCCGAUUCACGAAUUUCCAAUUGCCUCACCCAGAUCACUUAGACGAGGGACAUAACGAGUGCAUUUACAGCCUACAAUACGACUCAGAAUAUCUUGUCAGUGGUAGUCGAGAUCGCACGUUACGAAUCUGGAAUCUACGCACACGCCGCCUCAUACGACGACCUCUUGGAGGCCACGCCGGCUCAGUCCUCUGCCUACAGUUUGACUCGGAUCCGGAGGAAGAUCUCAUUGUCUCUGGAAGCAGUGAUUCAGAUGUUAUUCUAUGGAAGUUUUCGACAGGUGAAAUCAUACAGAGACUUCGACAGGCUCAUAGGGAAUCUGUUCUUAAUGUCAAGUUCGAUAGACGGAUCCUGGUCACAUGUUCGAAGGACAAGACCAUCAAGAUUUUUAACCGUGUUCCGUUACGACCCGGCGACUUAGGAUACGGUGGUUCUCAAGCCGUCAGUCCCGUACCAAUAAACCUGAGAAAUUACGGAUUCGACGAUUCUCCAUUGAACCAAGCCGCUAUUACGCCGCCGUAUACCAUGAUCGCUUGCCUCGAAGGGCAUGGUGCCGCCGUGAACGCCGUUCAGAUCUGCGAGCGCGAGAUCGUCUCAGCAAGCGGUGACAGGCACAUCAAAGUUUGGGAUUGGCCGAAUCAGAUGUGCCAACGAACUUUCCUCGGGCAUAAUAAGGGUAUCGCCUGUGUUCAGUACGAUGGGAGACGCAUCGUAAGUGGAAGUAGCGAUAAUGAAGUCAAGGUCUUUGACCGGGAAACGGGGCUCGAAGUUGCGAGUCUGCGGGGACAUACGAACCUGGUUCGAACAGUACAGGCUGGGUUUGGCGACCUUCCUUACAGCGUGGAGCAAGAUCGGCUGGAUGCCAGAGCUGUUGACCAAGCGUACUUCAAGGCCCUAAAUGCCGGUGAUCUCCAGGACAUGCAGUCAUUAAGACGCCGGCCCCACAACGCGGGCAGCCGCCGACCUGAGGAUAUCACGGCUUAUGGGGCUAAAUUACCGCCCGGUGGUGGUGGUGGCCCAUACGGGCGAAUAGUCUCUGGUUCAUACGAUCAGAGCAUCAUAAUCUGGCGACGAGACCGGGAGGGUGUGUGGAGAAAUGCCCAUACACUUCGGCAGGAAGAAGGCGCUGCUGCUGCUCUCAGACAGUGUCCUUCCAGCUCAAAUUCGAGAGCCGCUGCAUCAUCGACGUCGAAUCGCAAUCUACCGACACCUCCUGCAAGCGCGCCAGCAGCACUUCCACAGACACACCCGAACUUUACUCACGUCGAGCAUCCCAUCAUCGCCACCAUCACCCCCCAAACUACUUCAUCAUACACUCAGAUGAUCGAUACUUGUGUGCCACAAGGCCCGGCAGCUCUUGAACAGGCUUUAGCAGCUUAUCCGACGAUGUUGACAUACCAACAUCAUAUCCAAGCGGCCAUUGAGCGCGAACCAAACGCACUUGUGCGCUCACAGCUGAGGCAAGUCGUGAAUACGGCUCUAGUCCGAGCACAGAUCGCACAGAACCGUGCGAGGGAGUCUAUACAACGAGCUCUAUCAGCAACCUCCGGCUCUGGAGAGUCGUCGGCAUCGCAGCCUGGUCAUCCCUCGGCCCGACAAACCGGCCAGCAUACGUCGCCGAGACAGUUGAAUGCUACUGUCGCUAGUUCCUCUACAGCUUCGGCGGGUCAUGUCAUGACCAGUAACGGUGGUGGCCCGCCUCCUACUAUCGCCAAUAUCACCACCCCACAUAUCCAGCAUCACGGUCAACAAGCACAACCACAGCCACAGGUGGCAGCACCUCAGCUGCAAGCCCAGGCUCAGGGGCAGCAACAGCAGCAUCCCCACAUGGCCCCAGCAGACACAAGCCCUGCGCGGAUCUUCAAAUUACAAUUCGACGCACGACGGAUUAUUUGUUGUAGUCAAACGAGUACCAUUGUGGGUUGGGAUUUCUGCAACGGAGACCCAGAUCUUGAAGAGGCGUCUGUGUUUUUUGGGACGGUAGAGUAAGAACUUUCUUGUGUUACGUCGCUUCCAUUGCAUGUAUUAAACUUGAGCCCGUGCCGACGAUCAUAGCCGUACGCGGCGCAAAUGUGCUACAGUAGGUCGAAACACUGUGAAAUAGCAUGAUGGAACUACGGUAACUAAAUAGAGUAUAAUAAAUGACGAUGAA